AUGCCUUCAGCGAUAGUCACUGGCGCCACUGGCAUUCUUGGCCGUGAGAUUGUCUCGGAACUCAGCCAACACCGCCAACAAUGGCCAACCAUCCACGCCCUGUCGCGUAGCAAAAAAGAAGACUAUUCUGACAACGUCAUCCACAACCACAUUGACCUCCAGUCGGACCCAGACUCCAUGGCAAGCGAUCUCAAGAAUGUGCGCGGGGAAUACAUCUUUUUCGCCGCCUACCUUGCUCAAGACAAGGAAGAAGAUGCUUGGGAGGUCAAUGGCCGUAUGCUAUCCAACUUUCUUUGCGCACUAGAGAAAACCGGGGUGAUUACAGAAGUAAAGCGCAUCAUCCUAGUCUGCGGCGCCAAACAAUACGGAGUCCAUCUUGGCCUGCCCAAGCUACCCAUGCACGAAGACGCACCCUGGCUAACCUCCUCGGAAUGGCCCCCAAACUUCUACUACAACCAGCAAAACAUCCUCCACGACUUUUGCACAAAGCACAACAAGGAAUGGGUGGUUACGUACCCCAACGACGUCAUUGGCUUUGCAAUGGGCAACUUUAUGAAUCUCUCUGCAGCCCUUGCUCUGUACGUGCUAGUAUCCAAGGAAAUGUCCAGCGGCAGUGGAAUUGAGUUUCCCGGCUCGCCCACCUUCUACACGCACUUUGAUUGCUUCACUAGUUCCAAGCUGCACGCCGAGUUUUGCGCGUGGGCCGCGCUGGAGCCACGAGCCGCGAACCAGGCCUUCAACGUGGUCAACGGCGACGUCGAGAGCUGGCAGAAUCUCUGGCCAAAAGUCACCGCCUACUUUGGCAUCAGCGUCAAACCAGACCAGUUCAAGAAUGCUUUUGGCACCAGCAACAGCACUGGUAGCAUGACGGAAAAGAUUAUGGAGAAAGUCGUCGGAACAAAUACCCCGGCUUCUUCCACCAUGGACAUGGCGCCCCGACCCCCUAUUUCGCUGCAAGCCGAUGCCAUUGGUGUCGAGGGCACCCCAGUGCUUCACCCCAACAAGGUAGAGCAGCAUAUUGAUCUCGUCCAGUGGUCGCAGCGCGCCGAUGUCCAGCAAGCGUGGCAUGCCCUUGCCGAGCGCGAGGGCCUGGACAAGACGGCGUUUGACAAAGCGACAUGGUCUUUCCUGGGCUUUGUGCUAGGCCGCAAUUUCGACCUCGUGAUUAGCAUGAGCAAGGCGAGGGAGUGUGGAUGGAUGGGAUAUAGCGAUACGUGGGCGAGUUUGAAGCAUGUGUUUGAGCAGAUGGAAGAUGCGCGUGUUUUGCCAAGGCAUGGAUAG